AUGUCCGCACAAGACCGUGUCCAACACUAUGUUUCUCAGCUCGAUCGCGAGCUAUCCAAGUAUCCUGCCCUCAACAACCUCGAGAAGCAGACUGCUGUCCCCAAGGUUUAUGCCGUCAUUGGCGUAGCUACGCUCUACUUAUUUUUUAUCAUCUUUAACCUGGGUGGCCAGCUCUUGACCAACUUUGCUGGCUUCGUGGUCCCUGGAUAUUAUUCUCUCGUCGCCUUGUUUAGUACUACAAAGGCAGAUGAUACUCAAUGGUUGACAUACUGGGUUGUUUUCGCCUUUUUCUCCGUCCUUGAAAGUGCCGUCAGUGUUGUUUACUGGUUCCCCUUCUACUACACUUUCAAGUUUGUCUUCUUGCUAUGGCUAUCGCUGCCCAUCGGUGCUCAACUUAUCUUCCGAUCUUUCAUGCAGCCCAUGCUCGGACGCUACUUUUCCGAGUCUGGCUCAACUGCUGCAAACCUCCGAGCGAAGGCCGACUCUUUCAGCAAAGACCAGUAA